GUCGCUGGGGAAGGGUCUGCCUGGGCUUUGUGGGCUGAGGCGGUGGCGCAAUCGCACCCGCUGCUAGGAGAACAUGGGGGAGUGAAACGAGCGGCCAGCGGCGCCCGGUGUUGUUACCGGGGCGGGCCACGCCCCCUUCCGCCCUCCCGCCAAUCACCGUGCGGGGAUGGCGCGAGCGGCACGCCUCUCCACCCGGCUCCGCCAAUCGCGGCCAAAAGGCUACCUCGCUGGCUCCGCCUCGGCCAAUCAGAAGCGACACAAACACUUGGGGCCACGCCCGCUUCCGCAGGCUGGCCAAUCCGGACAGACACAAACAUCGGGCGCGCCCCAGUCUCCGAGUGACGGGGCGGCAGGAGGAAGGGAGCGGAGGGGGCGGGCGCUUCUCCUGGCGAGAGGGGCCGGCCAAUCGGACGGCAGACCAGCCGCCUGGGUCACGCCCCCCUCGCUCCGCAGCCAAUCGCGGAGCACGGGAGCAGGCGGGGACACGCCCCCCUGGGGCCGCGGCGGCGGGGCAGGCUCGGGGCGCCCGCCAUGGAGGUCCCGGCGCAGCGGCCCGUGGCGGCCCCGGCGGGGCAGGAGGAGCAGGAGGAGGAGCAGGUGCCGGGCCGUGAGGCGCCGGGGCGGAGGCGGGACGCGCGGAGCCUGGAGGCGCUGAGCCUCGCCGCAGGCGGCGGCGGCGGAGCGGCGGCGGGGCGGCAGCAGCUGCUGGAGGGGCGGCGGGCGACGCUGGCGAGCGCGCUGGAGCUGGAGGGGACGGUGCUGCGGGAGGGCCGCCUCACCCAGUUCGUGGCCAACAACCUGGAGCGGCGGAUCCGGCUGAGCGGCGCCCCGCGGGGGGAGCCCGCGGCGGCGGGAGGCGGCGGCUCCAUCCCCGCCAUCGACCCCGGGGCGCUGCAGGACGUGGUGGCGCUGGCCGGGCAGGUGGCGGGGCAGGUGGACGAGCUGCUGCGCCACGUGCACUGCGGCCUGCAGGCCCUGACGGCGCUCAGCGUGGGCUGCAUCCAGACCUACCGCGACGGGGUGGAGAGCCUGGGCGAGGCGGCCGACCUCAGCAUCCGCGCCAUGUACGCGCUGGUGGCGCGCUGCGAGGAGCUGGACCGCGCCAUGCAGCCCGUGCCCGCGCUGGCCAAGCGCAUCCGCGACAUGAAGGGCACCCUGGAGCGCCUGGAGGGGCUCUGCAAGUAAGCGGGAGGCCGCGCCCGCCUUCCUGCCCUGCCCGCUGACACGCGGGGUGCUGCGGAGCCGGGGCCUCGCCGGGCGCCGGGGGGAGGCCGGGCCGCUCCGCCCCCCCGGGCUGCUGCGCUGCCGCCCCGGCAGCCCCCCCGGCGGGGCGGUCAGCUCCCCGCCCGCACCUCCUUCCUCCCUCCGUGCCCCUCUGCCUGCCCAGCCGGGAUCUGCGGCCCCGUUCCCUGGUGUUCGCGUGGAGGAGGCGAGGCUGGUGCGGCCGGGGAAGGAAGAAGUUGGGACGGUGGGGUGAAUGGCAGGUUUUUAGCUGCAGCUCCAUUAAAGGUUUUGGAUUCCACAUGCCUUAUGCUUUCUAUUUAUUGAAGGCUAGGAAAGAAAAAACUAACCGGUCUUCGUUAAAAGCAGCUGUUAAUUUUAUUUUUUUAACCAAAUUUGAAAUUGUUACGAAUACUUGCUUGAUGCUCACAGUCAUCUGUGCUUAUUUGUGGUUGACUUAGUGCCUGGCAAGUGAUUCUUACUUCUGCUGUGACAGCAAAUAAACGUGCAGAACACUGCUGUCUCUUACAGGACACAGCUGGAAGGGAAGAUAAGAGGAAAUUUCAUAUAUAUAGCAAAGUCGUUUGUUUUUGGAGUAGAAUAUAAAAUCCAUGGAGUAUAAUUGAAAUUCAGAGAACAAAUCCAUAUGCAAAGUUCUGAAUAAAAGCCUUCAGAUGAAAUAUGCUUUGCCUCUAUUGGUCUCUACAGUUUUCACAGUGUAGAAGUUUAAAUGGCAUCACUGUGAAAUGAUCCUGUGUGGUGUUUUGUUUUCAAUGGGGAAAAUAAUUAAAUGAGGAACAUGAGUAUGUGGUGACAGUACUUGGGUGUAUGGCUGACAUGAAAUGGGUACCUUGGGAGGAAUUAUUUGUGUAACAUGAAGAUUUUGUGUCUGCAUCACUGUAUGCAGGAGUGAUUUUGCUGUAUCAGUAAGUAUUUCCUCUGAGGCCUGAGAGUAGCUGAAGUCUCUGCUGACUGUGGUUCCUAUGCAGUUAACCUCUUAGAUGGUGCUUUUAGUGAUACAUUUAGGUCACAAAUGCCUGUGUAACAAGACAUCAGCAGAGAAAUGAUCACUGUGAUCUUUCUUACGUAUGUGUAAUGGUGCUUUUGGUGACCAAUGGCUCCUAAAAACCUUGGAGCAAAGGUAGCUGGAAGUACUGUAUGAGUCCUGUGACUUCUGGUUGAAGAGCAGAUAGGUUUAUUAUAGGUGCAGCUGCUGCCCCUCCUUAAUCUCAUUAAAGACACUGACUGAGGGGGGAUGGUGUGAUGUACUGUGCUGCUGCAUGUAGAUAAUACUAAAUUGUAACAAAAUAAUUUGGUUUUAUGCCACUCUGGUUUGCAUACUACUAGUCUCUGGCCUAUUUUGGGGCCUCCUGAUAUGGCCAUGUUUUUCCCUCAGCAGAGGGGUGUGUUUUACCUGUGGCCUUCUAGCCCUAGCAAUGGCAGAGGGCUGGAAAUGGGCUGUGCCAAGGCCUCUUUGUGGUUGCAGCUCUUGUGGUGCUGUCUUCUGGGGAAUAGUUGUGGCUCCAGAAUGGGGAGCAGAGGUCUAAUAGAGACUAGAGGAGAGAAAAAGGAUAAAUUAACUGCCCCUGGCCCUACAAGACACUAAAGUUUCCAUAACUCCACAGCAACAGCUGUGGUCUUAAUGGUUCUGGGGUGUUACUCCUCAGAAACUUUGAACUUGCCUAUCAUGGAGAUACAGUUGCUUUGCUGAGUAUGUUUUGUGGAUGUCAAGAGUGAAAACCAACGUUUGAUCUUGCUCAAGUUGUGAGUAUUGUUGAAAUACACAGGAAAGACCUGCAAGCUUAUUUGUGUAGCCACAAAUGUACAGAGAAGCUUUAUUUGUACAGGCUGAGGUGAAGCCUUUGAAGCAUAUGAGUUUCAGUGCACUGUUGGUUCUUGGUAGCAUUUCCUUUGCAGUCAUCUAUGUUCAAUGCCAAUUCCUUGCAAAAACUGUCAAGUCUGUAGAAUAAAAGGACUACUUGUAUGUUUUUAA